CGGGCCAAUGUCACUGCAGCAAAAACUGCACGGAGCCAGGAGAGCAGCGCAGCUCCUGGUACAUUCCACACACACCCCCGCCCCGGCUAAAGUGGUUCCUCCCAUCCGGCUGGCGUGGUACCGGCCGCUGCCGGGCGGGGCCCGAUCCUGCCCCUCGCCGCCCAUGGAGCCCGGCGCGGAGCCGCGGAGCCAGGCGGGCCCAGGCCCGGCCCCGGCCCCAGCGCCCCCGGCCUCCUUCUCCGAGAUCCUCCGCCUGGUGCGGAGCGGCCAGGACGUGCCCGGCCUCCACAGGCCCAACGUCACGGCGAGCCUGGCGAGCCCCACCCCCUCGCGCCUGGCCCGCAGGCCCAAGCCCUGGGAGCGGGCCCGCCCGGCCGAGCCCCCGCAGCCCUGACGCGAGCUCUCCGGGCUCCCGCUCUGCGCCCGGCCCCGGGAACCGCGCCUGGCCGGGCUCGGCCCGCGGACUCCGGCGGGCGUUACAGGGCCGCAUGGGACCGGCCUGCAACCCUCAGUCCCCCCUUGCUGGGCACAGCUGAAGGACCUGGAGAGGCGUGUGCCCAGCUGGGCUGGGGAAGCCUCUCUCUGGCCUCUGGGCUCAGAUUCAUCACCCCUCCGUCCGACAACUCCCG